CAAGAACAAGAGCAAUGAAAACAACAGUAUUUUAAAAAUCAUUACUUACUUUUGGGGGAAGAUUUGUAAAUUAUUUAAGAAAAUAUGGAUCCAGCACUUUUACGGGAACGGGAACUAUUUAGAAAAAAGGCACUUGCGACACCAACCGUUGAGAAGAAAAAAAGAGAUGAAUCUUCAUUUAAAGAUGAGAGCAAAAAGAAAUCAAAAUCAUCAAGCUCGGCCAGUGCAGCGCCGAAGCUGGAAGGAACUAACUACAAGACGAUGGCAGGCAGCUCCUCCUACAGGUUUGGGGUGCUUGCUCGCAUUGUCAGACACAUGAAGUCCAGGCAUCAGGAUGGAGACGAUCAUCCUUUAACAUUGGAUGAAAUUCUAGAUGAAACUAAUCAACUGGAUGUUGGAAAUAAAAUAAAACAGUGGCUACAAACUGAAGCAUUACAGAAUAAUCCUAAAAUAGAAUGUACAUUUGAUGGGAAAUACAUUUUUAAACCUGUAUAUAAAAUUAAAGACAAGAAAUCAUUAUUAAGAUUACUAAAGCAACAUGACUUGAAAGGUCUAGGAGGAAUAUUCCUAGAAGAUGUCCAAGAAUCUUUACCUCACUGUGAGAGAGCCCUUAAAAGUUUAGCUCAAGAAAUAUUGUACAUAACCCGACCAACUGAUAAAAAGAAAAUAUUAUUUUACAAUGACAAAACUGCUACACUAGACGUUGAUGAAGAAUUUGUUAAAUUAUGGCGUGCUACUGCCGUAGAUGCUAUGGAUGAUGCGAAAAUUGAAGAGUAUUUAGAGAAACAAGGUAUCAAAUCUAUGCAAGAUCAUGGACCUAGAAAACCCAUAGUGCCAAAGAGGAAAAAAGUCAGUCAGAAAAGAAGACAGUUCAAGAAACCUAGAGACAAUGAACAUUUAGCUGAUGUGCUCGAAACAUAUGAAGACAACACAUUAACACAGAAAGGAGUUAGUAUUAAGUGAAAUAAAUAAGAUAAAGAUCAAA